AUGGUUAAUUAUAAGAGAAAAAAAAAUCGUUACAAAAAUAUAAUCCAAAAACUUACAGAACUUAUACAAAAUAAUGAGAAUUCAUUUGUUUGCAUACAAUGCUGUGAUAAUAACUCGUAUGAAAUUUAUAAUAACUUAGUAGAGUAUAUAAAAUUAAAUUUGGAUGUGUCUGAAAUAUGUAUUAUAGAUAUCGUAAGUAUAUAUAAUUGUAAAGAUAUUAGUAAAUUUCUAAAAGAUAUAUUUUCUGAUUUUACAAAAUAUAUAAAAAGGAAUAAAAUUUAUAAAAGUGCUAUUAUUUUACCUUAUUUCGAUGACUGGAUAAAAUCCAUUAAGAAUAAUAAAAGAAAUGUAGGGCAAGAUGAUAUGGAUGUUUUAAGAAGAAAAUUUACAAGAAAUUAUGAGGAACACCAAACAAAAUCAUAUGAUAAUGAAAUACAUAUGGAUAUAUAUAAUACAAUUUAUUAUUUAAAAAAUGAAUUAUUAGAACAUUUAAAUAAAAAAUUUUGUAUUAAAUUAAUUGGAUUUUAUAAAACUCCUUCUAUUUUUAAUAUGUAUGAUAAUAUAUUUGAUUAUAAUUUAAGAAUUUCUCAAUUUACUAGAUCCCAUAUAUUAUAUUAUAUUCAAGCAAAUAAAGCUAUGAAUAUAGCUUUUAUAAAAAAAAAAACAACAAAUCUAUCUAUUCAUAAAUUAUAUAAUGUUAUGUAUAAAAAAAUUGAUUAUGUAAAAACACAUCAUAACAUUAAUUUGUUUAAAUGCUUUUUUAAAUAUUAUUAUCGAAUACAAAACAAGGAAUAUAAUAACAAAAUUAACAAAAAUAAAAAAAAAAGAAAACAAAAGAAAAUUUUAUGGACACACCAAAUUACAUAUGACACUUUAAAUAUCAACGAAGUGUCUUUACCAUGUAAAAAAAUAUCUAUAUUUAAUAUGUUAACAAAUUUGAAAGAUUUUAAAAAUAUUAAGAAAUACAAAUAUUUUCUGUCUCAAAGGAAACAUUUAAAAAAUUAUAAUAAUAAAAGAAACAGGACGUUCUUUUCAAUUUUUUUUUAUUUUCACAACGAUCUAAUAAAAAAUGUAUUAUAUCGUAUAUCUAAAUAUUGUAUUACAAUAGAGUUUAUAAAAGAGUAUAUAUCCACUCUUCUUAAAAAAAAUGUAAACAUAUCAAGAAAAUAUAAAAAUAUAAAAAAUUAUAAUAGGAUUAGUAAAAAUAAUAACAAUUAUUUGGAGGAACAACAAAAUUAUAUUGAUAAUGUAAAUAUUGAUGGUGAUAUUAUAGACGAUAUAGAUAUAAUUGUAGAAGGAGUAGAUGAUCAAACUAAGUGUGAGAAGAAAAAUAACGGUUGCAAUAAAAAUAAAAUGAAUUACCAUAACAAUAAUAUUAAUAGUAAUAAUAUCAAUAUGUAUAAUCAUCAUAUGAUUAAAAAAAGAACUGUAUGUAAACCAUAUGUUAAUAAGUAUAUCAUAAAAUGUAAUAGCUUAAAAAAAGAUAAAAGGUUAGUUAAUUUAAGGAAAAGAUUUUUAUUAGAACGAAACAAAUAUGAAUAUGAUUCAUAUAAUAUUUAUACUUCUGAAAAAGGAAAAAAAAAUCCUAUUCAUUUUUAUUUUAACAAAUUUAAUAUGCCCAGUAGUCUUUUAAUAUAUGGAACAGAUGGUGUAGGAAAAACAACUUUAAUGAAAUUUAUAAUAGAAAUAAUAUUGUCUAGAUAUAAACAUAUUUUUAUGAAAAAAUUUCAUACUCUAAAUGAAUAUGAUAUCAAUUUAGGUUUUGAUGUUUAUGCAUCUGAUAAUAAAAUAAUAGGUACAAAAUGUAAACCUAAUGAAACGCUAUGUGAAACUUAUAGAAAAACAAAUUUACGUGCAAAUAAUUUAAAGGAAUUAAACUCGAGACAACUAUAUUUAAACACAAUGAAAAAGAGUAUAAUGAAAGAAAUGAAAAAUAUCUAUUAUGAAUUUAAAAAUGUAUGUAUUAUUCCAUUUGAAAAUCAUCUUUUAGUUAAUAAAACAAUAGGUGAAAAUAGUAAAUAUAUUAAAAAUAUUUUUUAUGUUGCUUAUAAAAAUCAACCAUCCAUAAUAAUUUUUGAUAAUAUUGAUUUAUUUCUAGAGAAAAAUAACUAUUAUAAACAUCAAGACCUUGAGGAUCAAAAUCAAGAUGUAUAUAAAAAUAUAUAUAAUUUGUUUAUACAUUAUUUAAGUAUAUACAUAAAUGAUUCUCAUAGAAUUAAAUUUGUUGCCACGACUCGUAUACAUCCAAAGUAUUUUAAAUUCUCAUUUUUAAACAAGAUAGAAAAAAUUAUGUUCCUAUCUUGA